AUGGACACCAUUCUUUUCGUAGCCUUUAAUCAAGUAAUGCGAGGACAACAACCUGUCAGUAGUCUCAAUGCUGUCUUCGAAAGUUUAACUACCAAUGAAAUUGAUACCAAUACGAUGAAAGAAACGAUGCUGGAUGUCAUAUGGUACCUUGAUUCAACAAUCUUGGAUGGUCAACAUAACACUAGCGACUUGAGAAAUAAACUUGCAACUAUUGCUAGAUAUAUUUUUGAUAAUCACAUAGUUGAUGCAAAGUUAAUAAAAACUCGACUUGAUGUUUCACUAUUACACAAUGCUGGUCUUGUGGAUGAAUUUAAUUUUAACAAAAGAGCAGUUCGGAUCAACACUGCAAUACUAUACAAACAACAAAAGUACAACUUAAUGCGUGAAGAAUCCGAAGGGUACUCAAAAAUUGUUUGUGAACUGGCAUCAAAUUGCGAUCCCACCUUUACUGAUGAAAAUGAGAACGAUCGGAAUCAACGUGCAAACAGUUUACUUGAAUUAAUAAAGACAUUAAUAGGAUAUUUUCAUCUUGAUCCUAACAGAGUAUUAGACUUAAUACUUGAUGUCUUUGUUGUGCAUGUGAGAUCUCACCAUGCUUUUUUACUUCGUCUCUUGGAAUUAUCACCUUGGCAACCUUCUUCUUCAACCGUUAUUGCAACAGCAUCAUCUACCAUUCAUGAAAUUAAAGAAGAUCAUUGGGAAAAUGAUCCCGGAAAUUCUUCUUGUGCUCAUUUACUUGGAUCAAAAUUCAAAUAUUAUCAAGUAAGCUUCACCACAACUGCUGGGGAUAAUGCUUUUCCUUCUUUAUAUGAAGUUUCAGCUUUGCUAAUUCAAAAAGGUUUCGUGCAAAUCAUUGAUCUUUAUCCUCACAUAAUAACGAAGGAUACAAGAGUGCAUGAAAUAGGAUUAGCAAAUGCUCUUCUUAGCAUUGGUGAUUUCUACCACGCUAAAUUCAUACUUUACCGAUUGGACACAAUACCUCAAUCACUUGCAAAGCCAUUGUGUGACAUUAUACAUGUUUCUAUUGUUGACAUACACAACUUGAUUGCCCCUCCUAUACCAAAACAGAAACCUCCUCCCUCCUUAUCUGGCUCAUGGUAUGGUCUUUGGCAUGAAGGUAUUCCAAAAUUCCAAUCAAAAGAUGAUAUUAUUACCGAAAGUGGUCGCGAACUCUUAAACCUUGCUUCACCUUGGCUAGGAAGUAAUAUUAUUUUAUUUUGUAAACUCUUAAGAAUAGCUCAUGCACAUCUAAAAGAGUCAGAGAAAGGGCCUAAUAGAAAGAUUGUUGAAAAUGCAUGGCAUGAUAUCAUACGAUCAGUUUUUCUACCCAGUGUUUCAUUACUAGUCACAAAUCCUGGUGUAGUUAACGAUUUUUGGCAACUGUUGAAUUAUUAUCCAUACGAAAUAAGAUAUGGUCUUUAUGGUGAAUGGAAAGAUAUGAAAACGAUCAAAGAUAAGAAACCUCAUCCUGCUCUAACCACUAGAGUCAAUGAAGUGAAACGUAAGACAAAGGGUAUCAUGAAAAGGAUAACUGAAGAAAAUUAUCGUCAAAAAGGUCGUGAAAUUGCUAAGGUGUCUCAUUCUAAUCCAAUAGUUGUAUUUGACAUAGUAUUAUAUCAAGUUCAAGCCUAUCCAAAUCUAAUUAACCCAAUGGUGGAGGCCUGUAAAUAUUUGACUCCAUUGAGUUAUGAUGUCUUGACUUAUUUAAUUCUUUCGAUUUUGGCUGAUAAAAAAGACAAAAUCAAAGAUGAUAAAUUAAAUGUUAGCGAUUGGCUACAACAUUUGGCUCAAUUUUGUGGUAACAUUUGUCGUAAAUACAACACAAUGGAUCUAAAAAGUAUACUACAAUAUGUAGUAAAUCAACUUAAAUGCAACGAACCAAAAGAUUUAAUAGUUCUCUCGCAGCUAAUAUCUACAAUGUCUGGAAUUGAACCCACUGGGAUACCAUCGGAUAUGGAAGUCACAUUGAUGGGUGGUGGUGAGCAUCUCAGAAACAUAAAGUUGUAUAAUCGUACCAUUGAAAAAAAUACUCGUCGUAGUUCUGCAAGACUUGCCAAGACACUGAUUGAGGCUGGCUUGACAGUGUCGAUAGCUGUACUGAUCGCUCAACUAACUCAAGUGGUGCCAUACAGUUCAGUACUCACCGAUUUUACAGAGACUUCAGCUGAUCUUAAAAUAGCUGGUCAUCAGAUUGAUAAUUAUCGAAGCAUAUACAUUCAGUAUAUUGAUUUUCUUGCACUGAAUAUUAGAAGCGAAGAGUACAGUAAUAUGAUACCAUUGAUAGUUGAAUUAUGUACCGAAUAUGAUUUACAACCUGAGUUUGCCUUCAGCCUACUACGACCAAAAUUAAAAUAUAUGAUCAAGCAACAAAGUUCAUUGGAUCAAAUGGAAGUUGAUGGAGAACCAAAUGUAUGGGAGCCUUCAUUAAGAGAUUUUAUUAAAGAAGUAAAAGAAAUACAUCCACCACAUGUGUGGACUGGCAUAAGUCCAACUUUUUACACAACUUUCUGGCAACUUUCUUUAUAUGACAUAGAAUGUCCCAAUGAUGAAUAUAUAAAAUCAAAAAAUGAAACAAUUGCAUUAUCUAGUGAUAAAAGACCCAGAGAUAAAGAUAAACUUUUAUCAAUGGCUAAAUCAUUAGAUUCUGAACGUAAAGCACAUUUAGAUCAUGUUGAAAAUAUAAGGCAACGUUUAAAGAGAGAAAAAGAUCAUUGGUUUUCCGGUCAAUUUUCUAAUCGGCAAGAUAUCAUUACACAAUUCUGGCAAUAUUGUCUAUUCCCACGUUUACUGUUAUCAGCUGACAAUGCAGUUUUUUGUGCCAAGUUUAUAGAGAUAAUGCAUGAGAUUGGAACUGCCAAUUUUUCAACACUUACGCUUUAUGAUAGAAUAUUUGCAGAUCAAGUACAACCAAUAACUUUCACUUGUACUGAGACAGAAGCUCGUAAUUAUGGUCGAUUCCUACACACAGUUUUGAAAUAUUUGAGUUCUUUACAUAGAGAUCAAAAAUCAUAUGAGGCUUAUGGUAAAGGAAAAGGUAUUCCUGGUUUCCAAAUGAAAUGGAGUUCACAGGUUCGACAACCAACUAAUAUUGCAGAAACCGAUUUACUUCAAUACGAAGAUUUUAGACGUGUUUUUUAUAAAUGGCAUUCAAAACUUUUGAAGGCUUUUGAACAAUGUCUAACUUCUGAAGAAUAUAUAUCACUGCGGAAUGCAAUGAUUGUUCUGAAUCAUAUUGUUGCGCAUUUUCCAGCUGUUGAAACUAUUGGCAAAAAAAUUACUAGUUUUAUUGAAAAUAUAGUUCAACAUGAAGAAAGUCCUGAUAAUUAUAAUCAAAGACCAGACAUCAAAAUACUGGCAAAAAGUUAUUUAGGAAAGUUGUCUGUGGCAAAAAAAUCAUGGUUGCCAAUGAAACAGUUUCAAACGCCAAAACAAACUGCUAAUAACAUUACAAAUGGCAACAUUAACAACGUAAAUGCCAACGCCAACAGUUCUACAUCUACAUCUGCAACCGCAACAUCUCCUAAUCAUAAUGCCAAUAGUAGUAGUAGUAAUGCAAAUGUUUCAACUCCAAAAUCAAUUCAUGGAGAUCAUCCACAUAGCUCAUUGAAUUCUCCAAAUGCUGGGACAUCAAGAUCAAGUCCUCUAAUUAUGCAACACACUUCACAUUCAUCACCUCGUGCACCUAACAGUAGAACUGAUAGUCCUCGUCGACAAAUUCAUCCUUUACCUGAUAAACCAAAGCAAAAGGAACAGAAAAAAGGUGAAACAUAUAGUGACCGAGAAAAAGAUAAAGAUAUAGUUAAAAAGAUUGAUCAUCAUGAUCGGGAAAAGGACUUAAAAAAGAAUAACAAUGAUUACCAUGAACGUGAGAAAGAAAGGACAAGGGAAAUUAAAGAUAGGAUGAAACAACCAGAGAUGUCACGAAGUGAAGCCGAAAAAAAAGAUAGAGAAUUACAGAAAUCUGGUAAAGAUCGUACGAUGAUUGAUGAUCGUAGCAAAAGGAUGGAGCAUCAUCAACAACGUAUUAAAGAUCGUGAUAUAAGAGAUCAUGAUAGAAUGAAGGAUAAAGAAAGGGAUAAUAAACGUGAGGAUAAUAGACGCGAAGAUAAAAAAGAUAAAAAUAAGGAGAGAGAGCGUAGUAGAGAUCCAGAAAGAGAGAGGGAACGUAUUCGGGAGGAAGAUAGGGAAAGGGAGAGGAUACAGGAUAGAGAACGUCAUCGUGCUGAUCAAGGUCGAAGACGUCAUCUUGAUGAACCCAAUCCAAGACGUGGUAGAAAGAUAUAUUCCGAUUAUGACAUGCAAGAGCGUAUCCCUAGAGACGAAAGAGAAAUGAUGGCAAUGAGUAUGAGAGAUGAUCGAGAUCGUAAAAGAGUUUUUGAACGUGACGAUGACCCAGAUAUCAUGUUAAAAAAGCCUAAAAUUAAAGGUAUGCCACCUCCUAAUAUGAUGGGACCUAGUAGGGGACCAGUAAAAUUAAAUCGUACUGUGGAACAUAUUAAUGAAUUAUUACAACCACUUCCAGGUCCAGCUCCAAGCGUAGGGAAUAUUGGUAAAAGAGGCGGCGGCGAAAAAUACAGAAGAAGAAAUAAUAACAACUAUAAUUAA